AGAUCUAUAUCAACCCGGUGAACGCAGCAUUCAAGAUUUGCAGAGCUUCCGAAUCGCCGCAGAUUGCAUCGUAAUACCUUCUGACAGUUCUGAUUCUUCUGAGGCUGGUGACGUCAUUGAAGUGGAAAUGUCCGCAGAAAGACUGUUUUCAGACGAUGAACUUCCCAUGAGUGACACUACUGUGCCACCCGAUGCUCAAGAAAGACCGGCAGAUAUUUAUGAAACUGAUGUAACAGAAUCCGUGGAUGGGGCCGUUGGUCUUCAGGAUACGCAGUUGUCGAGACCUCGAAUCGCAGUGAAAGACAUGUUUCGGUUGAGCGCGUUUGGACCGCAGUCUGCUUUGCUACGAGCUUUGCCAUCGGAUCACUCCCCAUUGGACAAAGAUGCUUCUAGAAUUCCUGACCCUGAUACUGUGCCGUUAGUAAUAAAGAAGGUCGCGUCUAAUCUUGCUGGCUGGUGUGCAAAGUGCACACAACGCUUCCCUAAGUGGUCAGAAUAUAUCAUUCACUGUAAGAGUGCGCAUAAUCAACGUAAUUCAAGCGUGUGCAAACAUUGUUCGAAUUUUAUUUCGGACAAAGACUUUGAAGGUCAUGAACGCAAGUAUCAUGCAUAUCCUUGCUCUGUUAUUUCAUGUCCUGCUCGGUUUUGUAAGACAAAGCAUGCGGCAGGACAUAGUGACUACCAUCGGGAUCCAGCGCUUUCCAAGUCGUCACAGAAAGUAACGCCAGUUAACAAGUCUAAGAAAUCGACACGGUUACAAGCAUCGUUGUCUGCCACUGCCACCUCUUCUCGCCCAUCUUCUGGAAUAUCUAAGUCAAGUGCAAUUGCAGGCGCCUGUCGCAAAUCAACUCGACUUGCCAGCUGUAGCACGUCAGCUACCGUUGUAACAGAGGACCCACCGCACAAUUAUUUGCCUUCAUUUUCUUCAAGUGCUCGAGGACCCUUGAAUCCGUUAUCCUUCAGAUCCCUGCUGACCGAAUCAUCAAGUAUCCCUUCGACUUCUUCUGAAACAAUCCCUGGAAGUGUCACUGAACUGCUGUCUCAAAAUACUCGCUAUAAAGUCCUAGGGUUUUGUUGGGUUUGUAAACAGCCCUUUCCCAUGUGGGAGGACUUUUGUACACACUAUAGUUUGAAGCAUGGUGAUGGUGAUAGCAGUGUUGUCCGAUGCCAGCUUUGCCUUGCUGUGUCGACGGCUAAGCACACGGAGGACCAUGAAGAUGCUGGCAACAAACAUAAAUGUCAACACUGCUCUGCAACUUUUCUAACACUUGUUAAGCUAGUUACACAUCGGAAAUUUUACCAUCGUCUUUUUGAUUAAACGGUUAUCAUUGCGUUUCUUAGAACAUCUGCUAGGAAUUUUCACUUUCCUUAUCUGCGUUGUCGAUAAACAGCAUUUGUUUACUUGUUUCUAUGUGUAUUUAUGUACUUAUCUACUACAAGUAGCACUUUGUUAAUUUAAAGUAUUCAUGCAAUCAUAUUCUGUUUGGCACUUUUUAAAUUGUGUUUUGUUUCCUUUCCUGUUAAAUUAAAGAACAUGUCUCAAAUAA